UUAUCAAGCUAUCAAAUAGUUUUUGACUAACUGAAUCAACAAGAAAAAUAAGUUGCUUUCGCAAAAGAUUUUUUUUUUCAAAAAGCGAGUUGAAGUGAUGAAUUUCGGAGUCUUUUUCGUGCUGCUCGUGGCUGGUGGCGCCACUUUGGGAGUGAUUGGCAUAGUCCUGGCCAACGUGAUGACCGGAAUGGGUGAGCGGAUGGGCCUCGGCUGGUUCCUGUACACCUCGAAUCCCUUUCUGUGGUCGGGCCUGGGAAUAUUUCUCGCCUGCGCCCUGUCUGUUUUGGGCGCUGCCAUCGGGAUUUACAUGAUUGGCUGCAGCGUGGCGGGCGGUGGAGUACGAUCGCCCCGCAUCAAGACCAAGAACCUGAUCUCAGUCAUUUUCUGCGAGGCGGUGGCCAUCUACGGCCUGAUCACAGCCAUCCUGCUCUCCGGCUGUGUGCAGCAGUUCAGCAGCGUGCGACUCAUCACCGACAGGAUGGUGAUAGCGACCAAUAUGUUCACCGGAUUUGCUGUCUUCGGCGCAGGUCUCUGCGCGGGACUGGUGAACGUGACCUGCGGCGUGGCCGUGGGCGUUGUGGGUUCCGGCGCUGCCCUGGCGGAUGCGGCCAACUCGGCGCUCUUUGUGAAGAUCCUCAUCGUGGAGAUCUUCGGCUCGGCCAUCGGUCUGUUUGGCCUGAUCGUGGCCAUCUACAUGACCUCAAAGGCAGAGAUGAUUAACUAA